AGAAAAAAAAAGAAUUGUUAAAUCACUCAAUGAAGCAGUCACUACUCAGAUAUGCCCUUUGGAUCACCUGUAUAUCAAUCUUAUACAGUGUUACCAGAGCUGAUAGCUCCAAUGAAAAGAGCAAUGAGGGCCAGAUACGACAGUUCGAGCAAGAACUUCGAGCACUCCACCAGGCAGGAGAAAAAUCGCGAUCCCUAAGACAACAAGAUGGUACUGCUAGAGCACUGGGGGUUCGAUUUGAUAAGCGAAGCCCAUUGGUGAGAAUGGGUUUGGCCGCUGAGCCUAGCGUUUUGACUCAAGACCUUCCCAAUCCCAAAAGUCGACGUUCAAAAAUUGUUCAUCAUCCUCGAGAUCUAGCCGAUGAAGACGCACUACCGCUCGUUCGCUCUUUCCAUAUGGGCUUGGCCGCAAAUCCACUUGUUAUCACUCAGGAUUUACCAUCUACACCGGCUCAAAGACGUCGAUCACUCGGAGAAUUGGUACCUCCCUCGACUGAUGCCGCCAUUCUCAGUACCGACGCUUUAGCCCCAAGCGUAGAUUCAGUGCAAUCACCUCCUUUAAACUUGAACACCGUGGGACUUGGUAAAUCUGUCAGCCUUCCACUCUAUCGUAGGGAAAUAUCAGAGGAAGAUAAGGAGUUGCAUCCGGAAAUCCACUUCCAAAAACACCUCAACCAUGCUCUCAAAAGACAUGCCCAUUUUCUACAUAAAUCCGUUGACGAAGACGUCUUGGAGAGCAAUCUGCGUAAACGGGCCGAGAGCGUGGGAUGGAAAUACGAAAGAACGUCAUUUUCCCGACGAAGUCUGGUUGCUCGACAGUCACAAUUUGAAUCACCAGGCUUCCCAGCUAUUGCGUUUGCUGCCGCCAAGACCGGAGCAGUCACCAAAGCUAACCCAGUUACUGCUGCCAACUCGCUUGGGCUUCAUAUCGAAGCAAACGAUGUUGGUUAUUUUGUCGAAAUGCAAGUCGGCACACCCCCGGCAACAUUCCGGCUCGUAGCGGACACCGGUUCUGCUGACUUGUGGCUUCAUCUGGAGGACUGCCGUAAUCUCAGAGACCCUUCGCGUGGGUGCAACCAUCCAACCCUGAACUCCGAAUCCUCUACCUUUAAACGUACAGAGAACCCCUUCAAAAUCACCUAUGGCACGGGAAAAGUCGUUGGCGUUUUGGUUGAAGAAACCAUUAACAUGGGAGGCCUAGUUCUCAAUAACCACGCCUUUGGUGGAGUAACCCGCGCUAGUGACGAAUUUACCGGGAAGAAAGUUCCUUUUGAUGGUCUGUUGGGGACCGCCAAGAGUGUCUUAUCUAACCAAAAGGUAUUGACGCCAAUUGAAGCAAUGGCGAAAGCUGGAACUCUCUCUGGAGCUUUCGUUGGGUACGCAUUGGGGCGAGUCUCAGAUGGGGAAAAUAUUGGGCAAUUAACUUUGGGAGGGAUUGACCAAACCAAGUUCAGUGGAAAUUUGACGAUUUUUCCUAACGUGAACAAAAAAGGUUUCUGGGAAGGCGCAAUGGAAGUUCAAGUCGGAGGGAAAACGAUCCUGACCGAACGGACUGGGAUAUUAGAUACCGGUACUACUUUGAUGGUCUUACCCGCAGAAGACGCGGCUAUAGUCCAUAGCAACAUUCCUGGAGCGGUCGCUGAUAAUAAGGGCGGAUUUCGAAUACCAUGUACCAACACGGUCAAAGUUGGCCUCAGUUUCGGUGGAGUCGUAUUUGACAUUAAUCCUGUGGACUUGACCUUCCAGCCAGUCGGUAGAAACCUAAAAGGACAGUGUAUCAGUGGUAUCAGUGUAGGAACAGUUGGUGGCCCUACACAAUGGUUGAUUGGUGAUGUUUUCUUGAAGAAUGUGUACUUCGCAACCGAUUUAACCAACGAUCAAAUGGGUUUAGCAGUUAUAAACCCAGUACAAGCCAAAAAUGAAUUCAAUCAAAAGGUCGAAAAAAACACACCCAGGCUCUGAAUUUUGAAAGUUUUCGUCUAGUUUCAGAUGCAUAAUUCAUUAGUCCUAGUUUUUUUUCUUUCUCUUGUCCGGUGACUUGACCAAUCAAAUCUUCUGUCCUAAGGCAAUUCAUGCAAUGCCAAUAAUCUAGUUCCUGUGGAACUUUUAAUUUUCAUACCAUGGCAUCAUCUAGAAUACAUCUUCCAUCAUAUCAUUUCUCCAGCAGGUUAAAUUUUCAAACUUACUGACCAAAAUUCUUUCUGUUCAAAGUAUAAAAACUAAAAAUUAUACAAAAUAUCAGACAUUUGCGAUCUCUCAUAUAGGAGAUGGUUAACCCUUGUAAAUAAAAUAAACAGAGCUAUUGAAAUAGUGAUUGACUUAAGCAAGAAAUGAAAUUUAAACU